GGAGCCCAACAAAGAGUAAGGAAUGUGAGGCCCCAACCAAAAUUAUAACAGUUCCAAAUUUGCUGGGAAGGGCCCUUUCUGAAUCAUCCGACACCUGGUCUUUUCCAGUCUGUUCAAGACCAAAACAAAAACAAACACAAAAAUCCUUCCUUCUGCUGCUCACCAAGGCUUUGGCACUUAAAUAACCCAACAAAGAAGAAGAAGCAGAAGCCCAGAGGCACCCUUUCCUUUAAUUCUUGAAUUGAUUAACUUCUUGGUAAUUUUGGAAUGAUUUAAUCGUAAAUAAAAAUUCAUAUUUUGUUCUUUAUUUUCUUCCACGCAACCGGAAACCACCUCGUCUCUUGUCCUGUCCUGUCCUUCUUUCUUUCUUUCUUUCUUGGAAUUCUCCAAGUUACAGUCAAUCUUUGUUUUUGUUGAUUUUUGCUGAAUAAUCCUUUCUGGCCAUCGGCCAAAUUCGCCGUUUUUACUAUUUCUUCAUUCUUUCGGGUGUUACUGGAGCUGCUUGUUGGUGGGUCGUAGGUUGAAAUUGUUGCAUCUUGUAGCUUGUUGCCAGCUGGUUCAUCAAGGAAAAGAUUGUGGUUUUGUUCCAACUUAUGAUUUGCAGAACCUUGCCAUAAACAUUUGCGUUAUUUGGGAAUGGACUGGCUGUUUUUCCCUGUCAUCAAGAUUUACAAAUGAUGUUUGGGGGGCAAAAGGCUGCAAAUGCUCUUGGCAUAUUUAAGUGGAGAUGGGGUGGUGAAUCCUCUUUGACAACGGGCUUACUAGGUGACGGGCCUCCAGAGAUUGAGUUGUCUGAUUAUGGAAGAGCGCCACCAAGUCCUGGUAGUGAAAGCCCUUCAGGGCUUCUUAAUGGUGAGACUCCGAAUGUGGAACCAAUUUCUGACUUGGACUUGUUCUUUGAACGGCUCUAUAGCUACUAUUGUGAGAAAGGGCUUUGGUGCAUCAUUUUAAAAUGGAUAGUUGAGCUUUUGAGCCUGGGCUUUACCAUAUGUUUCUCAGGGUUUUUCUUAUUGUUUGUCGAUUGGAAUGGUCUCCGCAAUGCAAAGUGUGGGAUGGAUGCAUUUGAAUCUGGUAUUAAGCCGUGUGAUCUUGCUAAGGAAGCUCUUCACCAUCACCCAUUAACCCCUUUAACACUUUCGAAAGCUAUUAUUGUUGGAUAUUUGGGGUUAUUUUCCAUCUAUUGGAUAUUCUGUUUUUUGAGGUUUUUUGCACAAUUAAAGGACACUCUCGGAAUACGUCAUUUCUAUUAUAACACUCUCCAUGUUACUGACAAUGAAAUUCAAACCAUGCCAUGGGCAACAAUCCUUGAAAGAGUUGUCCGGUUACAAAGUUCACACCAGCUCUGUGUGGUCAAGGAUCUUUCUGCUCUUGAUGUGGUUAUGCGAUUGAUGCGAAAGGAGAACUACUUGAUUGGAAUGCUUAAUAAAGGAGUGCUUGCUUUUCCUAUUUCACCCUGGGUCCCUGGUGCUGGUCCAACUGUCAAAUUUGGCCCUGAUGGAGUGCAACAUCGUCUCACUCUGACAAAGACACUUGAAUGGACCUUAAAUUGGUGUAUACUGCAGAGCAUGUUUGACCGAAACUUCUGUGUUAGAAGUGACUUCGUUUCUAAUCCUAGAACAUUGAAGAAGAGGCUCAGGGUAGUGGGGCUUGCUAUGCUUCUUCUCUCUCCGUUUCUUGUUAUAUUCAUGCUGGUAUAUCUCUUCUUAAGACAUGCUGAGCAAUUCUAUAAUCAUCCAAGCAUAGCUUCAUCCCGAAGAUGGUCAAAUUUGUCAAAGUGGAUGUUUAGAGAAUUCAAUGAGGUUGACCAUUUAUUCAAGCAUCGGAUUAAUAGCAGUGUAAUGCAUGCUGCUGAGUAUCUAAAGCAAUUCCCCUCACCAAUUAUUUCUAUCAUUGCAAAGUUUAUCUCGUUUGUAUCUGGCGGCUUUGCUGCUAUAUUGAUCAUCAUUGCCUUUCUGGAGGAAUCUUUGCUAGAGGGUCAUAUAUUUGGUCGGAACUUGUUUUGGUAUGCCGCUAUUUUUGGAACCAUAACUGCCAUUAGUCGGGCUGCUGUUACAGAUGAACUUCUGGUCCUUGAUCCAGAAGGAGCAAUGUCUAUGGUGGUUCAACAUACACAUUAUAUGCCAAAGAGAUGGCGUGGUAAAGAGAACACUGAAAUAGUCCGGAUAGAGUUUGAAACUCUAUUUCAGUACACUGGGAUGAUGCUGCUAGAGGAGAUGGCCUCAAUUUUCCUCACUCCAUUCUUGCUUCUAUUUGUUGUCCCAAAGCGGGUGGAUGACAUUUUACGGUUCAUUGCAGAUUUUACUGUGCAUAUUGAAGGUGUUGGCGAAGUUUGCAGUUUUAGUGCCUUUGAUUUCCAAAAGCAUGGCAAUGGCAAUUAUGCCUCUCCACAAAAUAUGCCUCGUGCACAGAGGAGCUCUCAAGGGAAAAUGGAGAAAUCGUUCUUGAGUUUCCAAAGUAGCUAUCCUUCAUGGGAACCAGAUGCUCAAGGUAAGCAGUUCCUGUCAAAUAUUAGAACUUUCAGGGAUCUAAAGUUGCAAGAGGGGGGAGCUAGAAAGGCAUAUUCUCCAGGUAGAUUGUUGCGAGGUAGCCCACUGAGAGACCUCCAUUUGAGAGCUUAUGGAGAUAGAAAUGGGCUUUUAUCAAGGGAAAUGCAGCAGAACAUUCCUGGCACUGGCUACAAUUUGGGUUCUUUAUGGCUAAUUGAUGCUGAUCAAAAGAAUCACCCCUAUCUUCUUGAUUGGUAUUAUACAUCUCGACCUCACUAUGUGAACAGUUAUAGGAGAGACACUGCAACCAGGCCAUUUGAACCAGCCGAGCAACAGCAUGGAGAUAAUUGGUUACGAAUCAACAUUACAAAUAGUGAAGCAAGAGGUGAAGAAUACUGGCCACGCCAUCAUGAUGAUUGGUCACAGUCUCAUCUUGAAGCUUCAACAUCAGCUCCUUUAUUCCAUGAGAGUGUGCUUCAGCAUCAUGAUACAAAUGAACUGGCACACCAUACAAGGAGCCAUUGGUGGGCUAGAAGUGGUUCCCAUGGUGCACAUUCCCAAACAAGUUUUCUUGAACCUCCUGAUUUCAACCACUAUUCUCCAGACCAUCCUCAUGAUAACAUCUCUGAGAGAAGUGUAGAAGAGCAAGAUCAAAUCUUGGAUUGGAGGGAUUCUCAAAGGUUAUCUCGGACGACUUACAUGGAUGAUCUUGAAGCCGGAGGGGAUGUAAAUCUUCAUUUUGAUGACAUUUAUAGCAGACCUCCUGAAACUCCUACUGCAAAUUUAAGGCCCCUGAGCUUCGAUUGAUCAAUAAGAUCUUAAUUUGUGGAGUGAUACAUUCCUUCAAAUGAAUGGAAUGCAAAUGGGUUUCUAUUGCUGGCCUAGGGUUUUAUGUCCUAUUAGAAGAAGCUCUGUAUUCUUUGUUGUAUAUAGAUUCAUAUGAGGUUAGUUUGUAGAAGGCCUCAACUCAGAUUUAGAAGGUAACAUACUCCAAUGAAUCACUGUUAGCCUUCGGAUUGUGUAUAAACAAACAAUUACAAGCCAUUGAUCAUUUUAAAAUUUUUUUUCAAUUCCAUGUGUUUCUUUUUGCAU